UCAAAUUCUGAUGUCAUUCGUGGGAAGCUAAACGAAUGUGGAUCAUUCCGAAAUAAAAGUGGGAUUAUUCUAUUAAAACACCAAUUUAUUGCUUGCAAUAGCAAAAAUGGAGUUGAAUGACGUGAUAGUUAAUCAGCCAGUCGUUAUUGACAACGGCUCUGGGGUCAUCAAAGCGGGCUUUGCCGGCGACCAGAUACCAAAAUGCAGGUUCCCCAACUACAUUGGUCGUCCGAAGCACGUCCGAGUCAUGGCAGGAGCACUGGAAGGGGAGUUGUUUGUUGGCCCCCGAGCAGAGGAGCACCGUGGGCUGCUCAGCAUCAAGUAUCCAAUGGAACAUGGCACCGUAACCGACUGGAAUGAUAUGGAGAGAGUUUGGAACUAUAUUUAUAGUAAGGACCAACUAUCAACGUUCUCAGAGGAGCACCCGGUCCUUCUGACGGAGGCGCCCCUCAACCCGCGCCGCAACAGGGAGAAGGCGGCCGAGGUGUUCUUUGAGACUUUCAAUGUUCCCGCCCUUUUUCUGUCCAUGCAGGCUGUACUAAGUUUAUACGCAACGGGCCGCACGACAGGCGUGGUGCUGGACUCCGGUGAUGGCGUGACCCACGCAGUGCCCAUCUACGAGGGCUUCGCGAUGCCACACAGCAUCAUGAGGGUAGACGUGGCUGGCAGAGACGUCACCAGAUACCUGCGUCUGCUCCUGCGCAAGGAGGGCGUGAACCUGCGCACCUCAGCCGAGCUGGAGAUAGUGAAGGCCAUCAAGGAGCGCGCCUGCUACCUGUCUCCUAACCCGUUGAAGGAAGAGACCUUGGACACUGAGAGAGCCCAGUACACGUUGCCUGAUGGGACUCAGCUUGAGAUCGGGCCGGCGAGGUUCAGAGCACCAGAGGUCCUCUUCAGGCCAGACCUCAUCGGAGAGGAGUGUGAAGGCCUCCACGAAGUGCUGAUGUUCGCCAUCCAGAAGUCUGACAUGGACCUGCGCAAGGUGCUCUACCAGAACAUAGUGCUCAGCGGAGGCUCCACGCUGUUCCGGGGCUUCGGAGACAGGCUGCUGGCAGAGAUACGCCGGCUCGCGCCCAAGGACAUGAAGAUCAGGAUCUCAGCGCCACAAGAGCGUCUCUACUCCACGUGGAUAGGGGGUUCGAUUCUCGCCUCGUUAGACACUUUCCGCAAGAUGUGGGUCUGUAAGAGGGAAUACGACGAAGAAGGACAUCGCGCCGUGCACCGCAAGACAUUCUAAUUGAAAAAAUAAAAAUAAAAAAAGAGGGGUCAUGACCCCCUUUUGACCCCUGGGAGGCGAAGUGACCCCAAAGUGACCCCCAAGGUGACCCGAAGUCGCGUCGUAAGACCAUCUCACCAUCAUCUGAAGAUUUGACAGGUCCGGAUUUUUCUAGCGACUGCCUGUCUGGCCUUCCAACCCGCGAAGGGAAAACCAGCCCAAUACUAAAGGGGGUUAAAAUGGCCACAUCGAAGCAAUUCGUCCAAGAAAGCAAUAUUGCUAUUUGACAUUUGUUUGCAUUGCGCACUUACUUUUAUAUGCGCAAAUGUCAAAUUGCAACAUUGCUUUCUUAGAUGGAUUGCUUCGAUGUGGCCAUUUUAACUCCCCAGGUUACGUACCUCCGAAAAUUUCUCGGGUAUGUCGGUUUCCUCACGAUGUUUUCCUUCACCGCUGAACGCGGUGUUUUCGUUCACCUUUGUAAGAUCAUCUGAUAGUUGAAAAAUUUAUGGCUGGGUGUCACGACCCCUUGUGAGCCCAAAGGGUAACGAAGUGGAAACCCGAAGUGACCAGCCUGGCUAAAACGGCCACAUCGAAGCAAUUUAUCUAAGAAAGCAAUAUUGCAUUAUGACAUUUGCGCAGUCGUGAAACGCGAUAUCGAAGUAUACACAGCAAGACGCAUAUAUACAACUUCCAACAUAACACCGUUGGAUCGUCGGUCCCUAGUCACACUACCAACUUGUGGCUAACGGGGUACUAUGCUCAGUUCGGUACCCCGAAAACAUCUUUUGGCGGCAGCACACCCUCGCCGCCAAAGCGCAUAUAAAAGUAAGUGCGCAAUGCAACCAAAUGUCAAAUACCAAUAUUGCUUUCUUAGAUGAAUUGCUUCGAUGUGGCCAUUUUAACCCCCCUGAAGCUCUUUUGAAGGUCACUUUGGUUUUCUAAGGUCAUAUAGGGUCACAUUGGGGUUAAAUCUGUAUCGUCGCUUAUAUUGAAAACCAAAUAGGCGCCAUUUCGAUAAAUCAUUCACAAAUUCGUAUGUGACUUUUGUUAACAAAACCUUGCAAUAGACGAGUUAGUUUCAGAAAUCAGAAUCAUUUAUUCAACGUAAUUAUCAUGGAUAAACUUGUUGAAGGUCAAUGUAACAUUUUUGAAUUUAUGUCAUUUCACAAGGUGUUAAGUCACGUCAGAAUGUAGUUUUAUUCAAAAUGGCACUUACGUGGUUUUCAUGAUAAUAUUAUGUAACUCGGAGGAUUAUCAUGCAGGGUGUUAGUGACAUCAUAACGAAUACUGAGGGGGAUGAUUCAGACCAUGAAUCUGAGUUGAUAUCAAGUGGAAUUUCCCGUCGCAAAAUUCAUGAUUUUCUUAGUUUUCUUUUUAAUAUUUUCAAUUAUUUUUGCAAUGGAAAAUUCCACUUGAUAUUAACUCAGAAUAAUGAGCUGAAUCAUCCCUCUUAGUAUUUGUUACGAGAUGAUAUCAAGUUGAAUUUUCAGUCGGAAAAUUCAUGUUUAUGUUUGUUUUUUUUUUAAUUAUUUUCAGUUCUAUACUUUUACGACGGGAAAUAUCACUUGAUAUCAACUCAGAAUCAUGGUCUGAAUCAACCCUCAGUUUUCGUUACGAUGUCACUAUCACCCUGUAUAAGCUUAUAUAAAAACCAAUAUUCAUACUUACUAAACGCUCAUAGUCAUUACUAGGGUGGGCAGAAUACACGUUUGAUGAAUACUGGCUUUCAGAUGAUAGAUGCUAAGACUUAGUAGAUAAGAUAAAAAAAUAUAUAUAAUUUAUUUAGCUAAAAUCGCUUAUCUCGAAAAGAAAAUAAUUUAUUUUUCAUAUCAUGGGUGUUAGAUGCAAGAUAGGACACUUAAUAAGACACGACGGAUUCAUUAAAAACGUCAUAAAGGGAAGCUACAAGGAAAGAGAGGGAAGGAAAGACCAUGGUAUAAGAAGACCAGGUAUGCUCAAUCCUAUGACAAGCCGCCAUUGCUAGCCCAUUGAUGACGUAAGUGUUACCAUUCAAUUGGUAUCUCCAACAUUCCAAGGACGUAAAUUUUAUCAUUGAAAAUUAAGUGAAUUACUGACUAAUGUAUUUAAUUACCAUUACUUGUCACAUACAGGGUGUUAGUGACAUCGUAACGAAUACUGAAGGGGAUGACUCAGACCAUGAUUCUGAGUUAAUAUCAAGUAGAAUUUCCUGUCGGAAAAUUCGUGAUUUUUUUUUGUUUUUUUAAUUAUUUUCUGUUCCAUACUUUUGCGGCGGAAAAUUCCACUUGAUAUUGAUUCAGAAUCAUGGUCUGAAUCAACCCUCAAAGUUUUCGUUACGAUGUCACUAACACCCUGUAUAUAAAAAUCAUUAAAACUGUAUGUAAACCUUUUACUAAAAGUACAAAAUUUCCUUGCAAAGUAAAUAUAAAAAAAUUGGACGUGGGUAAUUUGAUUUUUACGAAAUGGCAACACAGGGCGGGAUGACCUCAGCUGGGCUAACCUUGAAAUAUUAGCUGUCACUUUUGAGCCUGGUUUUCUUAUACCAUAGGGAAGACCAAGAAGAGCUUACAUGGAACAGAUUAAAGAGAAGGCGAACGUCGUGUCUUAUGAAGUGAAAGGAUUGGCCUUUGAUAGACAAGAAUGGAGAAUGCUACACCGACAAGAGCGUGGCUCUUAUGAUGAUGGGUGUUGGUAGCAAGCUGGCGCUUUCUCUACCUACCCUCAAAGCGAGAUUGCGUGAAGAUUGUAUGUAAUUAUGUUCAUGUUGUUUGCUCAUUGAAGAAAUGUCUACGGCUUUUGUAAUAAAAUCAUAUUUUGUUUAAACUUUUAAACCAUUAAUACAUAUUUUAAUAAUAUAACCUGAGAUGCGCAGUUCGCGGGAAUUUUCCCGUUGUAAUAAAUAAAAAAAAUGCAUUUAUUUCGAGUAGGUACCCAUAUUGUAAGAUAUUAAAAAAACAUUUAAAAGUAUGUAAAUACACUGACCGCUUUUCUUUUUCAAAUUGUUCUUUCUUGUACGGUCACGAGCAUUAAUAUGUAUACACUUUGGUACCAUACAUAACAUACAUAAACAGCCUAUAUACGUCCCACUGCUGGGCACAGGCCUCCCCUAAAUCAAGCGGAGGGGGUAUGUAGCAUACUCCACCACGCUGCUCCACUGCGGGUUGGUGGAGGUGUUUUUACAGCUAAUAGCCAGGACCAACGGCUUAACGUGCCCUCCGAAGCACGGAAUCAUCUUACUUUUCCGGACAAUCAAGUGAUUCAAGCCUGAAAAGUCCUUACCAAACAAAGGACAGUCUCACAAAGUGAUUUCGACAACUUUGGUACCAUGUCACAUUAACUUUUUUGACAAAUUGAACUGUAAGUCUCACUAAAUGUCAAAUAUGUUAGUGCGACAGGGUCCUAAAGUGGGUACAUUAUAUUACUCAUGGCUGUACUCUGGUCCUAUCUGCCUAAAGGCUAGCUUCAGGACCCCGCCGGCGUGGUCGACGAUUUCCCUUAAUCAGCGCUUAUCGCUAUCGACCCACUAGGGUCGAUUAAUCCUUUCAAAUAUUUUUCCUCUCAGACGACGCCCUGAGCCGAGGUUCGCGCCCAACUGGGCACCCUCAGGCCUGUUGUCCUAAACGUUGUACCGGGUGAGAGCCUUCAGCGCUCCCCAUUUGUCCGGCCAAGUAGUUAAUGCCAUCUACGGCAAAUCUACAAUAAGUCACGUCAAAAAAAAGCUUAGUUUUAUGUUUUUUUUUUUGUGAUAACACUACUUAUGGUGCAACUUUGUAUUUAACAAAAUAAAACGCUAUGAUAUAGUGCCUAUAUUAUCGCAAGCAGCUUUUUUGUAAUUAAACCGUUGUGUGAAUGGUUAUUUUGGCAUUAAAUCAUUUUUAGAAUAUCCAAUCAAUCUUCACUGUGGUCCUGUGGUACAAAGGCUUGCUUCUCAAUGGGGGAGCGUCGGUUCCAACCCCGGUACCGUACUUUCACCAAUGAGUUAUUAUCUUAAGUGCUUAAUUUUUGUGGUAUGUCCCCACCGGGAAUCGAACCCGGACCUCCAGGUCGUGAGACUAACGCUCUAACCACUAGACCACGGAGGCUGUUCUGUCAAAAUAAUUAAUCUGCGUUGGUUUAGUUGAAUAGAGAUUAUGUUGUAAGAUAAAAUGUUAAAGACAAUUUUUGUAUUGCAAUUAAAUUAUUUUUCUUUU